ACUAAACAAUGCCAUUGCGUUAAGAAAAAGAGAAGGAAUUUUGAUUCUUUGCUGUGAGCACAUUCUACCAUUGAACAGUGGCAUAAUAAAAGGAGCCUGUUCCUGUUGUCCUACAAGGAAUGUGCCUAACUAAUCAGAGUAUAUAAGCCUCUUCCCUCUGUUAUGGAAUGCCAAGUAAACAGGUUGAAGACAUACUAACAGAAGUAAAUUCUGAGAAUGAAAAUGGGGCAGCUUACCUCUUUGGUGUUGGCCACUAUAGUUUGUCUGAUAGGCCUCAUAGGCUCCACUCAAGCUCAAUUGCAGCUUGGUUUCUAUGCCAAUAGCUGCCCAAACGCUGAGAAGAUUGUGCUGGACUUUGUUCAUCAGCAUAUCCAUAAUGCUCCUUCACUGGCGGCAACUUUCAUUAGAAUGCACUUCCAUGAUUGCUUCGUCAGGGGUUGUGAUGCAUCGGUUCUUAUUAACACCACCUCAAAUAACCAAGCUGAGAAGGAUGCUCCUCCAAAUCGAACACUCAGAGGCUUUGACUUCAUUGAUAGAGUUAAAAGCUUACUUGAAGCUGAAUGCCCUGGAGUUGUGUCUUGUGCUGAUGUUCUUUCCUUGGUUACUAGAGAUACCAUUGUAGCCACGGGAGGUCCUUACUGGGAAGUUCCAACAGGGCGAAGGGAUGGAGUGAUCUCAAGGUCAUCAGAAGCCACAGCCAACAUUCCUCCACCAUCUUCAAACUUCUCAAGACUCCAAACCCUUUUCGGAAACCAAGGCCUUGAUGUUAAGGACUUAGUAUUACUAUCUGGCGCACACACAAUCGGCAUAGCCCAUUGCUCAUCAUUCCGCAACCGACUCUACAACUUCACCGGCGUCGGUGACCAAGACCCCUCUCUGGACCCAAGAUACGCCGCUAAUCUCAAGGCCAACAAAUGCAAAACUCCCACCGACAACAGCAAAGUGGAAAUGGACCCAGGGAGUCGUAAAACAUUUGACCUUAGCUACUACUCUCUUCUUCUCAAACGAAGGGGCCUUUUCCAAUCCGAUUCUGCUCUCACUAAAGACGCAACUUCAUUGGGUCUAGUUCAGAAACUAGUCGAAGGACCCAUUGAAGAGUUCUUCGCUGAAUUUGCUGCAGCCAUGGAGAAAAUGGGUCGGAUUAACGUGAAGACUGGUACUGAAGGCGAAAUCAGAAAGCGAUGCGGCGUGGUGAAUAGUUAAUCGGUUCAUGGGUUGAUGAUCGUCUCUAAAUCAUAGUUCCUCUGAUUUCUUGGCAUAAGUUCGUGUGUGAUGUGACCUUUGAAUGAUUUUGAUUUAGAACUUUUAAGAGCUUUGGGAGAUUUAUGAAUUGAAUAAUGGGAAUUCCGCUGUAAUGUUCCUUAUUUUUCUUGUGGUGUUCAUAAGAUUCUGAUUUGAAUAAAUUAUCUGUGCAUGAAAACAAACUUCAUUA